AUGCUCCCGCGGUUUGGGAGGAAGAAGGUGAUUGCGGUUUACCUUGCGAUGUUUGUACGAAACGGCGUUUGUCGUCUGCCGAGUUGUCCCAAAGCAAAGCUGCAGAGCUGCGUAGCAGCCUGUAUUUUAGAGAGGAACCUUUUAGAGGAAGAUUCAGAUGAAGAGGAAGACUUUUUCUUGAGAGGGCCGUCCGGACCGAGAUUUGGACCCAGGAAUGACAAAAUCAGGCAUGUCCAGAACCAGGUGGACGAAGUCAUUGACGUUAUGCAGGAGAACAUCACAAAGGUGAUCGAGAGAGGUGAGCGGCUGGAUGACCUGCAGGAUAAAUCAGAAAGUUUAUCAGACAAUGCAACAGCUUUUAGCAACAGAGCCAAACAGCUUCGAAGACAGAUGUGGUGGCGAGGCUGCAAGAUGAAGGCGGUCAUAGCCCUGGUGGCGGUCAUUCUCCUGCUUGUGAUUAUCAUACCCAUAGUCCUGAAGUACCAUUCCUGACUGGGCAGCUGGAGGCUUCAGUGGAGCUGGCUCUGGGAUAUCCAAACUGCUGUAUAAUUUAAGUGAAAUAUGUGUAUAUAGCUUUGAAGUUGUUUUUCUCAAAGGAGCGAGAAGGUGGUGGCAAGUAGCCAGUUCUAACGGAGCAUUUUGAGAACUGCCAAAUGACCCUUUUUUUGGUCAAGUAUCUGUUCCUGCUGUUAGAUCUUUUUUAUAACAAAAGGUUCAGUUCCCAAACCACCCAUUUUGCUGAAUUCUGGGUCUCCGGUUUGGAGCUAGCUACUUGCCAUUAUCGUUUAUCUGUAUAUACAGUUAAGUUGUAAUGAUACUUACAGUUUGAGCAGUUCCCCACUGCCUGCUGUGGAGGGCAGAGUGGACUCUGUCCUUUCCUCAGAGCAAAGGAGGGGAAAAAAAUCUCUAAAGGGAAAUGUACCAUUAUGUUACAGGGAAUCGACUCUUCUGUGGAGAACUGCACGGGUGGUGUUUUUCUCAUGUUCAAAAAAAAAAAAAAGAAAGAAAAAGAAACAAUUAGGUUUUACAAGCCAGAAGACUGAUCCUGCCAUGGGAAUGCAUAAGCUCAGUGUUUUCAGUAUUGCUGCUUACAGCUGUGACUAAAGACAUUCCAGUAAACCUAUUUUUGACUGUA